AUGACGGUCAAACGUGUGCUGGUCAACCGUCCCAAGUCUACUCUCGACGACACGGCGACGAUGACGGCUGACAGCGGAAACGAGACGCCUGUGGCAUCCAGCACAGCUGCUCCGCCGGCUCCGACGCCGAUGCCCCCAGAGGGCAGUUCGAGCGAGGCCGCUGGCAACCACGCAGCCGAUGCACGGUCCAGCGACCGCAUCACCGAGCCGCCGGCGUACCCCAAGCCGAAGCUGCGCCUCGAGAUCCGGGAUGUCAACCACGAGGGUGCCGAUGUGUUCCUGGGCGCCGUGAACGUUUCUGCCGUGCUGCAGCAGGCCGUGGGCAACGUGCAGCGCCUGCUGUACGGCCGCAAUGCCUGGUACGCUGACCCAGAGACGCACAUCACGCCGACCCGCUCCGUCACGGUGAUUCUGCGCGACAUGGACGGCGUAGCCUACACGACGGGCUCGGAGCUCGACGGCGACCACAAGGAGAUCCACUUCAGCUUGCGGUACAUUGCGGGCAUCCAGCCGCGGAAGCAGCGGGCCACGGCCGAGAUUGCCGGCGUGCUGACGCACGAGCUGGUGCACUGCUACCAAUGGGACGGCCGCGGCACGUGCCCCGGCGGACUGGUCGAAGGCAUUGCCGACUGGGUGCGGCUCAAGUGUGCGCUGUCGCCGCCGCACUGGAAGCGCGAGCCUGCGGCGAUUGGCCGUUGGGAUGGCGGCUACCAGCACACGGCGUACUUUUUGGAGUACUUGGAACGGCGGUUCGGUGACGGCACAGUGCGCCGCAUCAACGAGAAGCUGCGGCUGGAGCAUUACGAUGGCGCCGCCUUCUGGCCGGGACUACUGGGCCACAAAGUCGAGAAACUGUGGGACGAUUAUGUAGAUGCUGUUAAGAACGACCGGCCAGAGGCAACGGGCGUGUCGACGUCUGGGAUAUAG